UAAUCUCAGUGUUUUUUUGUUUCUUAAUUAAACUUAACUCACCACGAGUCUGUACAAUCUUUCAAUUCACUUGUGGCUGAAAGCCAAGAAAGGCUCGCUUAGUCUGUCGGAGACCGUGAAAGUGACAUUUUGCUGUGUUUUAAGGGGUCUGUCGUGCCCCCACCCCCCCAAGUUGUCCGCACUGCUCAGCAUCCGGGUAACGUUCAUAACUGCCGUUUCUUUACCUUGACACCCAAUUAUUAGCAACUACAGGGAGAUUUUUGGGAUUUUCCACAGGUGUGAACGCACUAUUAUCCCAGUCUGACGCACUUUAACACGCAUCUUGGCGUAUUUUCCUCCCUAAUAGCAACAGUGUCUCUCAGAAACCCCGAGGUACAGUUUCUGUCUCUUUCACCUCGCCAAACGUCCCGGCUGUUAGCUAGGUUACAGCCCCGAUACGUGCCGUUCCCUCCCUGCAGUCAACGCUGUCGGGUCUUCAUUCAUAAUGCGGACUUUAAAAUCCAACUUAAAACGCUUUUCGACAAACUAAAAUGCCCAUAAAGCAUACACUGUGAUAUUGUGCAAUAGUUUCUAAUCAGACACCUGUAAAAUUUACAGACGAUGACUCACUUUUGGUGAAAAAAACAACUUUUGAACUGGAUACGCACUGCUAGUUAGUUUGCCGCCUGCCAAAGUAAGGAGCCUGCUGGUAAAAGUUGUUAUUUUAUUCUGAAUAUUACAUUUUUACAUGUCAUUGGGGUAUGCCGAAUUGAAGGGUUGUUUCUAAAAGGUCUGUAAAUUGUUAUUAAUGGCUACAAAAUUGCGUUUUCACAAACCCAACAAGGAGAUGUAGAUCAAAAAGAGCAGAUUCUUAAUGGCGCUCUGGUGCCAGGUCUCCCCGAGCGACAGCGAGGCACGUAUCUGCUGGUGCAUUGGCUGCGAGGCAGGAAUCAGACCGCCCGCGGAUGUCUCUGGGCGCCUGGAAACAAUUUGUUAACAGUCUCUGGCUUGAGUGUGUUGCUUUCCGAGUGAUAUUUCCAGUGGUAACCGGAAAAGGCGCCUUUUACCAUCAGAAAAAACACAGGACCUGUGGGCUUUGUGUUUGCUGGUGAAAAGAAUCCGCUGUGGAGGAAACCAGCGAAGGACAAACAGAGUAAAACCAGCAGAAAAUGUUUACUCCACUGUUUCCAUAGUUACUGAGAGGAGCAUGCACGUCCAGAGAAGGCUUUAACGUCACAGUUUGUCUCCUCCGACUGCCAUCUAAAAGAACUACACUACCCACAAUUCCUGUGACUAAUAACAUAGCCAACGUUUCGAUCACUACAAACAAAGACAGUCAGAAGAACGACACUGCUGUGAAGAGGACCACCAUGGCAAACAACCCUGCAGACCACCCUCCGGGGAAUUCGGUUGCUGAGGGCAACCAUGAAGGGGACUUUGGGGUGAGCAUGGUGGACUUGAGGACCGUGAUGGAGCUGCGGAGCACUGAGGCCGUCAACAAGAUACGGGACACUUACGGAGAUGUGCAGGGCAUCUGCCGCCGCCUGAAAACAUCCCCUAUAGAAGGUCUGUCUGGUAACCCUGUCGAUUUGGAAAAACGUCACACGGCAUUUGGACAGAACUUUAUCCCCCCAAAGAAGCCCAAGACAUUCCUGCAGCUGGUGUGGGAAGCUCUGCAGGACGUCACGCUUAUCAUUCUGGAAAUCGCUGCAAUCAUCUCACUGGGUCUGUCUUUCUACCAUCCACCUGGCGGUGACAGUGAAGCAUGCGGCGCAACUUCGGGUGGCGUAGAGGACGAGGGCGAGGCCCAGGCUGGCUGGAUCGAAGGCGCUGCCAUCUUGUUCUCAGUCAUCAUUGUGGUCCUGGUGACGGCCUUCAACGAUUGGUCCAAGGAGAAGCAAUUCCGCGGGCUGCAGAGUCGCAUCGAGCAAGAACAAAAGUUCACGGUCAUCCGCAAAGGUCAGGUCAUCCAGAUCCCUGUGGCCGAGAUCGUGGUUGGAGACAUCGCUCAGAUCAAAUACGGAGACCUGCUGCCUGCUGAUGGUAUCCUGAUCCAAGGCAACGACCUGAAGAUUGACGAGAGCUCUCUGACAGGAGAAUCUGACCAGGUUCGCAAGUCUAUGGAGAAAGACCCCAUGCUGCUGUCCGGGACCCACGUGAUGGAGGGAUCAGGCAGGAUGGUGGUGUCAGCUGUCGGCCUCAACUCUCAAACAGGCAUCAUCUUUACUCUGCUGGGCGCCAGCGAGAACGACGAAGAGAAGAAGGUCAAGAAAAGUAAAAAACAAGGACCCCCCGAAAAUCGCAACAAAGCCAAGACCCAGGAUGGCAUUGCUCUGGAGAUACAGCCUUUGAAGAGUGAAGAGGCCGCUGAGUCUGAGGAGAAGGAAGAGGUCAAACCAGUGAAAAAGGUCAAUGUUACCAAGAAGGAGAAGUCUGUGCUUCAGGGAAAACUGACCAGACUAGCUGUGCAGAUUGGGAAGGCUGGUCUGAUCAUGUCGGCGGUGACAGUUAUCAUCCUCAUCCUCUACUUUGUGAUCGACACCUUUGGGGUCCAGGGUCGGCAGUGGUUAGCUGAGUGCACCCCCAUUUACAUUCAGUAUUUUGUCAAGUUCUUCAUCAUCGGUGUGACAGUUCUGGUCGUCGCUGUCCCUGAGGGGCUGCCGCUUGCUGUCACCAUCUCUCUGGCCUACUCUGUCAAGAAAAUGAUGAAAGACAACAACCUGGUGCGUCACCUUGACGCCUGUGAAACCAUGGGCAACGCCACGGCUAUCUGCUCCGACAAGACGGGUACUUUGACUAUGAAUCGGAUGACAGUGGUGCAGGCAUACAUCGGCGAUACGCACUACAAGACUGUCCCAGAACCAGAUGCUAUCAAGCCGGAUACUUUGGAAAUGAUGGUCAACAGCAUCUCUAUCAACUCAGCGUACACCACCAAGAUCCUGCCCCCGGAGAAAGAAGGCGGCUUACCUCGCCAUGUGGGUAACAAAACUGAAUGUGCUCUGCUGGGCCUGGUGCUGGAGCUGAAGAGGGACUACCAGCCAAUCAGAGAUGAAGUCCCCGAAGAGAAACUCUACAAGGUUUACACCUUUAACUCCUCCCGCAAAUCCAUGAGCACGGUGCUAAAGAACGCUGACGGAGGCUUCCGGAUGUACAGCAAAGGAGCAUCAGAGAUCAUCCUGAGGAAAUGCUCUCGUAUCUUGGACGCCCAGGGCCAGCCUCGUGUCUUCAAGCCCAAGGACCGUGACGAGAUGGUGCGAAAGGUGAUUGAGCCGAUGGCGUGCGAUGGGCUGAGGACCAUCUGUGUGGCCUACAGGGACUUUCCUGCUGAGGCUGGAGAGCCAGACUGGGACGCUGAGAAUGACAUCCUCAACGAACUGACCUGCAUCGCCGUGGUGGGGAUCGAAGAUCCCGUCAGACCUGAGGUACCCGAGGCUAUUUCUAAGUGCCAGCGUGCAGGCAUUACCGUGCGCAUGGUUACCGGAGACAACAUCAACACUGCUCGUGCCAUUGCAACUAAGUGUGGCAUCCUGCUGCCUGGGGAGGACUUCCUGUGUCUGGAGGGCAAAGAGUUCAACCAACAAAUAAGAAAUGACAAGGGAGAGGUGGAACAAGAGCGUCUGGACAAAGUUUGGCCCAAGCUGCGUGUUCUGGCUCGAUCAUCACCCACAGACAAACACACUCUGGUCAAAGGCAUCAUCGACAGCACAGUGGGCGAAACCCGACAGGUGGUUGCAGUGACAGGAGACGGUACCAACGACGGCCCCGCCCUCAAGAAAGCUGAUGUUGGCUUUGCUAUGGGAAUCGCCGGCACAGAUGUGGCCAAAGAGGCAUCUGACAUCAUCCUGACUGACGACAACUUCACCAGUAUUGUCAAGGCCGUCAUGUGGGGGAGGAACGUCUACGACAGCAUCUCCAAGUUCCUGCAGUUCCAGCUGACCGUCAAUGUGGUGGCCGUGAUUGUGGCGUUCACAGGCGCCUGCAUCACACAGGACUCUCCCCUGAAAGCUGUCCAGAUGCUCUGGGUCAACCUCAUCAUGGACACUCUGGCAUCUCUCGCUCUUGCCACGGAGCCGCCCACUGAGUCUCUGCUGCUACGUAAACCCUACGGUCGGAACAAGCCCCUCAUCUCCAGGACCAUGAUGAAGAACAUACUUGGCCAUGCUGUGUACCAGCUCGUCAUCAUCUUUACCCUGCUCUUCGCUGGUGAGAACUUUUUCGACAUCGACAGUGGGCGAAACGCUCCCUUGCACUCCCCACCAUCAGAGCACUACACCAUCGUGUUCAACGUGUUUGUCAUGAUGCAGCUCUUCAACGAAAUCAAUGCCAGGAAGAUCCACGGAGAGAGGAACGUGUUCGAAGGUGUCUACAGGAACCCUAUCUUCUGCAGCGUUGUACUGGGGACCUUCGCUCUGCAGAUCGUCAUUGUUCAGUUCGGAGGAAAGCCGUUCUCCUGCACGGCUCUGACCAUCGACCAGUGGCUGUGGUGCGUUUUCAUCGGCGUGGGAGAGCUGCUGUGGGGACAGCUGAUCUCGGCCAUCCCCACACACCACCUGAAGUUCCUGAAGGAGGCCGGUCACGGUAUCACAAAGGAGGAGAUUCCCGAGGAGGAGCUGAACGAAGGCACGGAUGAAAUCGACCACGCCGAGAUGGAGCUGAGGAGAGGCCAGAUUCUCUGGUUCAGAGGUCUGAACCGCAUCCAGACACAGAUUAAGGUGGUGAAUGCGUUCCGUAGCUCCCUGUACGCGGGGCUGGAGAGCCCAGAGUCCCGUAGCUCCAUCCACAGCUUCAUGGCCCAUCCUGAGUUCGUGCCCUUGUCCGAGGAGGAGGAGGCUCGCAUCCCCACCAUUAAGGAGACUGGAGACGAAAUCGACCCCCUCCCCAGCUCCUCAUCAUUGAUCCGGGGAGGAGAAGACUUGCCCACCACCUUCCCCCUCAACCUCGAUUAAUCCAUCUGAGUUCCUCCUCUCUCCUCUUCAUCAGCAUCAUCUGUCACCCCACCAACCGAACUGUCACACCGAGGAAGGGAGUCAUGACUCAUUCUGCAUACACACAUGCUUCACAUCGUCUCCACCCCCCCCUCGGUCAUUCCUGCCACGUUGUGUUUUUCAUACUGACUGUGGCGUCGUUCUGCCUGUAAGUCUGAUAGAGUCUCCACAGUGGAAGGCCUCUUCUAGUCCAUUCAUGUUUUGGUUUUUUUCUUCCUUUUUUUUUUUUUUAACUUGACAUUCUUUUUGAAAAGCUUUUAAACUUUAUUGGAUUCGAUCCUUGCAGGACUCGCAGCAGCAGCAUGUUGUGUUCUGUACUCGCUUCAUUCCUGCGUUCUCAAACGGCACCGAACUUUUCAAAGAGUGCAGUGAAUCAGAUGUACAUACGCUUCCGCUCUUCUACACAGCUAUAAGCCGGGUUUGUUGAUCAGAAGAUUUUUAGGCAAAUGCAAAAAUGUAACCUUAUUAUUAUUAUUGUUGUUUUUUGUUUUGUUUUGUUUUGUUUGUUUUUUUUAGACCUUGAUCUUGAUUUCUUUUUGAAACCUUCUAACGAAUGUCAAUCGAUGGUUGAUUCAGACUCCUGAGAAUGUCUUGUGAGUGUGACACUACAGCUUUCAAGGUUAAAAUAAUGUUUUUCCCUUUAUCGUGUCUGUAUGUGUUGCUUUUUUUUUUUUUUUUUAGCUGCUGUGUUGCAUGUGGAAGAACAGAAUGUUUACUACCCAAAAAUACUGAAGACGGCAGCGUCUGGAGGGGGCUCGCUUUCUGCUCAGUGGGGGUUCUGACCUCAUCUCAUCCAGUCAGGGUUCUGGUUCUCUCUGCCCCUCCCCCAGUUUGUCCCCUGUGAGGAUAGGAAACGAGAGUGUGGUUCAUGUUUUCCGUCUCUAGUAGGAUGCAUGUUUUUGUUUAAUUCGUGUUGAGUCGCAUGAUAACGUACAGUAGGAAUGAAUAUUCGGGAUUCUGUUUCAACUUUGUGCGUCUGCAGCAGCGUCUGUUCAGAGCUCCAUGAGCUUCCUGUCUGUAGGACUGAACCUCCUGUUACCACGGCAGCCUCAUCGAUAUUCUGGCAGAGGAAACCAUCAGGGUGUUUAACACAAUCGAUACCCCGGCGUCCGCGUGUGUUUCACAGUAGGCGAGUGCAAUAAAAGUUUCGGUAUCGGGGUAAUGCGAAGUCACAAAGCCCUGAAAUCCAAUGUCUGUCUCGGUGUUGUCACAACACAGGUAUCGCUGGUAAGAUGAGGUCGCUACACACACGGAAAGCCCCGAGGGCCAACGACAACAAACAAAAGCUGCAGCCUGUUUUUUCCACUGCUCGACCCCCACCGUGUCGCUCGCUCGCCACGUGGCUGCGACCGGCCCACUCCAAUCUCAUGUCGGCAGCUGUGCACAGAGAUGCUUUCAGCUAGGAGAGGUUGAAUACAAUCAAAAUAGUAAUACAUGGAUAGAGACAGACUAAAACACAUGCAUUCUCAUCUCUGGUCUUGUAAUACUCGCACCUGGACACCGAGGUUAAGUCGGUGCUCUUCCUCUGAGAGGAAUCACGGUUGACCUCUCGAUACACCGGGCACAGGGACGUGACCCUUUGCUGACCAAAUUUAUGUCACUCCCAAGCAGAUGUUUGCAUACCGAUAGGUGUGAAAACUGUAACUCGUUUGUGUCUCCUCACUCUACACUCCGACAGGCUCGUAUUAGACAAAACCCGCCCACCAUCAGCAAGUUACAAUUGAUCACAACUAACUUCUUAGGGUAUUUGCUUAAAGAGUAAACAUUUCCUUCAGAGGAUGAAGGAAUAUUAACCUUUUAGUUUGUUCAAGGAAAAGUUUAGGUAAAGCAUUUCAAAUCUUAUUUAGUCUUCUACCCAUUUCUUAAAGAUCGUCUCUGUCAGAGGUCAGAUUGUACUCUUAGUGCUUCAUGUCUGGAUCCAUGAAUGUCAAUCAAUCAAUCAAUCAAUCAAUCAAGGCUUUAUUCGCCACGUGCAGGUUGCCCUGCAGUGAAAUGGGACCCCCCCCCACCCGACCUUACACACAACACGGACAUCACAUGGGGAUACAGGUCGAUACAGAAUGUAAGCUUGCCACAAAGUUUAGUUUUGCUAUCAGUGAAUCUGAAGCAUUUUAAGCCUACGGGCAGCUCACAUCUGUUGGUGUCACUCACAUUUUUGCAGUCUGACUGUGGCGCUGAUAAAAGAAGUGAGUUUAAACGCGUGUUAAACAGAAAACGACUGCACCGCUGACAAGUCUGUUUUUGGGGCAAAGACAGGAAGUAAAUGGAGCUUUAAACAGCGUCUGGACCGUCUGCCUGUGUUUAAGACAAAACUUAGCUCCUUUCUCAGACUUUAUAACUUUAUAACAUAAACUUAAAUCAGCUGUCAGUGACAUCACACAGCCAGGAGCGGAGAAGAUGUUUGAUCUUCACCAUCAACAUCAUUGCUCUCUUCUCUGCUGUGUCUGAUUGGCAGGCAUCAGUGUGGCGGCCAUGCUGAGGUUUACGGGAGACUGAUGAUGUCACCAGUCAGCCCAUAGAUUAAAAUCCACUGUGUUCCUGCUGCCGCUUAGUACUUCCUGCUUGUCUGCAGAUUACUGUCUUAAAAGAAGAAAGACUCAUCCUCCAAUCAGAAGCAGCGGUGCGUCUAAUCCCCUCUUAGUCUGACUAGCAGCCAUCAACCUAUCUCUGAACUAGGACACGUUAUUGAAGUAAUGUGCUACUACUGCCAUAUUUCCAACUUUUGUCAUGACUAGGUUUCCCCACUGAUGAGCUUUUUCUAUGUAACUCAGAGCCAUAUUUUAUAGGUUGUCUGUAUUGAUUUUUUUUUUUUUUUUUAAAUCUCAUUGUUAUCGAGGUUUGCUUUGGACUUUCUCACCCCUCACCCUUUCUAACCCCGUCCCAGCACACACCCUCUCUCCUCCCCUGGCCCUUUUACUUCAAACACGACCAAAAAAGAAACAAAAGAAGAAAAAAAACAAGGAGAAAAAUCUUCAGUCGUCACUGCCGAACCAAGUUAAAAGGACCUCUACAAUGUUUACAUGAAAAGCGAGUCGGUGGCAGUUCGUCUGCGCUUCUCUCAUCCGACCACUUCCCUUUCACUCCCUUGUUUUCCUGAAUCUUAGAGUUACUAUUUAACUAAAUGGGGAAUCUUUCUUGCAUGGUUUUCAUAUAAAAUUCAAUGUUUUGCUCAUUUUUUACAAUUCUUCUGUAUUUUUAUAUUAAGUACUUUUUAAUAUUUUGGAGAUAUAUGAAUAUAUAUGUAUAGGCUGAAGAGUUUGGUGACAGUACCGUACAUGAAUGAGAUGAACCUACCGUGGACUCUGUCUUUUUACAGCUCUCUAAAUAUUUCUGCCACGUGUGUCGUCUUGGUCACCUGACGUUAGGGCUCAGAAACCUGCAGUGACUUGUUUACUUCCUGUCGCCCAAUCAAUUGGAAUCUGAACAGUCUAGUCCCAUCAGCCCCCUUUUUACAUGAGUAUAAUCACUUUACCUGAGAUGUUGUGACACACUACACGUUAAGUGAUUUUUCGCAGUUAUCCAACUCCAUUAGAGUUCAGAAAAUGCAUCAGCUAACUGUAUCAAACAUUAAAUGGGAGUGUAUAAUUAUUUAUCCAACCUCUGGGUUUGUUUGUUUCUCUGCUUUGAAGCUACAGCGACUGAUUUCUUUGAAUGAGUGGAUUGAUGCUGUUUUCCAGCUUGCAGGUGUCGGAGCUGACGACUUUAAAGAGGAUCAAAGCUGUGUCCCACGUCAUGCUCCGCCUCCGUUUUGAAGGGGCCGUGGUCCGUGAAGGCACGCCCACCUUUGCCCAAAUUGACUUCCCAACCCCUCUGCGAGAAAAACCUCCGAAAGUAAGCUCCAUGUAGUUGUAGUCAGUACAGAGACAGACCAAAUCACAAAGCAAGCUCUGACCUCCCAGACUCAAGGUCAAAGGCUUUAAGCUUAAUUUGAAGUUCUGCAUUGAAUUGCCACAAACCCCAGAGCAGCCAUCUUUGCUUUUACUAGCUGAGCUGCUCACGUUGGACUCUGAACAACAGUUACUUUUACUUUAAAGCAGGAAGAAGGGAACUGAGCUGUAAAAAUGAGAAAAUGCCAUGUACACUGGCAGAAUACCAGCCAUUGCAUUAGCAUUGUGAUUGCACUAGAUACAAUCACAGCCUAUUACAUUUGGUUCAACAGAGGCAUUAACAGAGUGCUAAUCAAUGGGUUUUACAGUGUAUGCACAGCAAACACAGGCGACAGAGAGAGAAAGAAUCGUGGGACAAGUCUAACUUCUUUAUUGAAAAUCUUAUUCUGGGGCAAAGUUGAAAAAUGACUUUUUAAGCUGUUUUUUCAAAAUAAAUGCCCAUGUAAGGGCUUGCAGGAUAACGAGUUCUGUGAGUUGCUUCAAGAAAGACUUUGGUACCACCGAGUAGACCAAUCCUGUGUCGUGCACAUCAGGAUGGAGUGUGGAUUCAGUGCUGUACUCUAAGUCAAGCUUUAGGUAAUCUUAGUGUUGCUGUAAGUCUUUGAGCCCUUGUCCAAAGUUGUCACAAGGCGUGGUCUGGUUAGCUCUAAAAUUUAGCGCUCUGCCCAAACCAGGUUAGACUGAAUGUAUUUGAGCCCACAGCGACUUGGCUUUGUGUUCAGGACUCGGUCACUGGUUAAACUGAUAAAGGUGAGGCUUCACUUUGUAGAGUUAAUAUUUAUUACAACAUCCAGGCACAGCAGGAGCUUUAUGAAUUUACUUGAGGCAUUAAUGUGCAUGGUUACAUAUUGGGGGUAAAGGGGGACUUGUCUGUAAGAACCCUAAGAAGUUUCAAUCCGGCCCUGGACCACAGUUUGUUUGUUUUUGUGGUCAUGAAAUUCAGAUCUUGGAGGAGGUGGAGCCUGUGGAGGGACACAGCUGCAGCUGUGGAGGUCAUCACCGUUUUAUAUGCGACUAACAGCUUUCAGAAACUGUUUCCGGGAAGAGAGAAGGAACUUAAGAGCGUUGGUGACAUCACUUCCUCUUCCCGACACGUGUCCGUUGGCUGUAAACGAGACACGCCCUCCAAACGAUGACGUGUUUCCUCUUUGUUUUGUCUAACUGCUCAACACCUGCACUCCUCCUUAGAGUCAGUACAGUGUAAAUAUUGUCAAAUAAGUGAAUGAAGUGUACCUGCUGUCUGUGUCGGUGACAGGAAAUGGGAGAGGGGGCAAUCAGCCAAUCAUCACCCAGCAAAGCUUUAAGAAUGUUCUGCCAAAGUCGUCUUUUUCUUCUGCACAACUUUGUCACCGCCUCCCCUCGCUUCUCCUCCCUCCUGUCUGGAUAAGAGUGCCCCCAACCCCCACCCCGUGCUCUCGCCAUCGCCUCACUGUGGCCGCGGUGGUCAUGUGUUGGACUGCUUGGACUGGUUGCCCCUCACGUCUCAUGCCAGCUGCACAAGCAGAGCCAUGCAAUCAGAGACUCUGCGGCGGCCUGUUUGUGCUACUGGUUUCAGCCACGUCGCAAACAAAAAAACAGUCCGGACGACACUCAGCAGACUGAAAAUCCUCACCUGGAUUUCGUUUUUCGAAAGUUCAUUUCUGGACUAGAUAAGAUCUCAUUUUGCCACAGAUCUUCUUUUUUUUUUUCUUCCCUCAUUAGGACUUCUGUAUGGAGAAGGAACUCGCGUCUUAUCCGGUCACUGUUGCAUUUUGACUGCGUUGCUUCUUCUUCUUCAGAGCACUGCCUUUUUUCACAACAGGAAAUCUUUAAAGAACCUUCACAACCACAUCAAACGUUAACAAAGAAAAAAAAGGGGGUUCAGUCGAACUGGAAUAUCACAGCUGGAAAAGUCAUAACCAUUUAACAUAUAUAUCUAUAUAUUUAUAUAGUAUAUCUAUGUAUUUAUAUCUAAUAUAUAUUUGUAUGUAUAUGUGUAUUAGAUAUAAAUACAUAGAUGUAUAAGGUUUCUCAGUUGAACUUCAUUGCAAAAAAGACUGAAAGUUUUUUUCUGUAAUUACUAUGAUACACAGUAAUAGGCGUUGGUGUUAUUUUUGUAUAAACAUAAUAUCAUCUAUGUGGCAUGCAUGACAUAUAUACAAAAUUUGGUGGUUUAAAGCAAUAUGUCCAACCUGGUGCGAUUGGUUUCCGUCGUGUUCUGUGUAUCCUAAAAUCACUCUGUACGGGAAAAAAAGAUUUAAAAAAAAGAUGAUAAAAAAAAACCAAACAGAAAAAAGAGAAACUGCAUUUGGAUAAAACUAACUGUUCAGUAUAUGUGUUCAAUGUUCUGUGUUCUGCAUGUUUUAGUAUGGAAUGAAACAUCCCAAAUGUU